GCGGAGCAGCAGCAGGACGGAGCCCGGCCGCGCUGCGCUGCUCUCGGCUGCGCUCCGUGUCUUUCCCCCCGCUCGCCGCUCCAUGGACUAACCGGAGGACGGGCUGCCUUGGCUGGGUGGAGGCGUCGGGACUGGGACUGGCCCCGGACCCGGAGUGAGCGGACCAUGGCCGCCAAAGAGGACCUCUACAGCAAGAUCCUCCCGCGGAGGCUCCGGCAGAGCCGGCUCGGCUCCAUGAAGAGCGGCUCCAGCCUGGACGUGCUGCUGUCCAUGGGCUUCCCCAGACCCAGAGCACUCAAAGCGCUGGUGUCAACUGGAGGUCGGAGUGUGCAGGCGGCAUGUGACUGGCUCUUCUCCCACGUGGACGACCCCUUCCUGGACGACCCUCUGCCCCGGGAGUUCGUCCUGUACCUGCGGCCCAGUGGGCCCCUGCAGAACCAGCUCUCGCAUUUCUGGCAGCAGAGUCGUGUCACGUGUGGCAAAAACAAAGCGCACAACAUUUUCCCUCAUAUCACACUCUGCCAGUUCUUCAUGUGUGCAGACCACAAAGUGGAAGCUCUCUGCGAGGCCCUGCAGGCCACCGUCCAGCAGUGGCGGGGUCGUUUCCCCAGCCCGCUGCCCCUGGAGCUCUACACCUCCUCCAACUUUAUCGGCCUCUUCGUGGAGGAGCAGGUGGCCGACGUGCUGAAACAGUUCGCGGCUGACUUCGCCACUGAGGCGGCCAGGAAAGCAGAGGUGCAUGUGGAGCCUCACAAGAAGCAGCUCCAUGUGACCCUGGCCUAUAACUUCCCCUCCGAUCACCUCCCUGCUCUGGAGAAACUGGCCAAAGGCAUCGAGGUGAAGCUGGGCUGCGAUUGGCUGGCUGUUCUCUUCUCCCGGGACAUUCGCUUCGCCAAUCACGAGACCCUGCGGGUGAUGUACCCCUACGUCCCGCAGAACGACGACGAGCUGGAGCUGCUCCCUGGGGACUUCGUCUUCAUGUCUGCGGUGGAUCAGAGCAGCACCAGCGAGGGCUGGGUGUACGGGUCCUCGCUGGCCACGGGGCUGUCCGGCCUGCUGCCGGAGAACUACGUCAGCCUGGCCGAUGAGUCUGACACCUGGGUGUUUCACGGCUCCCACUCCUUCUUCAGUUGUGGGCCUGCUGACAGGACCAGUAAAGACCGGGGGAUGUUCGAUGGGCUGCUGGACAGCCGUCGCCCCGAGAACACCAGUCCUGGAGACACGCCCACCCUCAGCCUCAUCUGCCACCCCAUGCAGGUCCUGCGGAUCAGCGGCGGUCACUCUCGACAGCCCAAACGGACACUUUUGGUGUGCCGACACGGCGAGAGGAUGGAUGUGGUGUUUGGAAAACACUGGCUUUCACUGUGCUCCGACAGCAAAGGAGGAUACGUGCGGUCCAACCUGAACAUGCCCCCCAGCCUGCCCCUGUGGGGGGGUCAGAGAGACUACGACAUGGAUGCUCCCAUCACUGUGCUGGGCUCGUCUCAGGCCCGCCUGGUCGGAGAAGCUCUGCUGGAGAGCAGCACCGUGCUGGACCUGGUGUACUGUUCUCCAUCCCUGCGCUGCGUCCAGACCGCGCAGAACAUCCUGAAAGGUCUGCAGCAGGAGGGGAAGCUGAAGCUCCGUGUGGAGCCGGGACUCUUCGAGUGGACCAAGUGGGUGUCCGGGACCUCCCUGCCCGCCUGGAUCCCCCCCGCAGAGCUGGCUGCUGCCCACUUCAGCGUGGACACCACCUACAGGCCCCUCAUCCCGGUCAGUAAGCUGACCGUGUCCGAGUCCUACGAGAACUACAUGAGCCGGAGCUUCCAGGUGACCAAAGACAUCCUGUCAGACUGCAGAAACACUGGAAACAACGUCCUGAUUGUCGCUCACGCCUCAUCUCUGGAGGCGUGCACACGGCAGCUGCAGGGACGCAGCCCGCAGAGCGCCAAGGACUUCAUCCAGGUGGUCCGGAAGAUCCCGUACCUGGGUCUCUGCGCCUGUGAGGAACAGGGCGACUCAGGGGUCUGGCAGAUGGUGGAGCCCCCCAUCCUGCCCCUCACACAUGGACCCAACCACACCUUCGACUGGAGGGAGACCCUCCUGCAGGAGUGAAGACCACCUGAACCCCCAGACCCCAGUGACAGAAGCUCCACCUCCCUUCUGGAUACCGGACCGCCUCAUCCCAUGAACGCCUCCAUUCAUCCUGCGACCGCGAGACAUUCCUCCGGGCUACAUGUUAGCAUGGCUGUGGCUACGUGUUAGCAUGGCUGUGUGGGAUGUCGUCAUGCUUAUUUAGAGCCUGUUUACAUGACUACGUUUCAAGUGACAACGUAUUCUUCUCAUGUUUUCAUUUCAGUUUGACGUUUACAUGGCAACAUUUUGAAAACAAAGUCCAUUUCUAUUGAAACAGCAAAAAAAAACAAAUCAAUGUAGUUAGCAUGCUGUGAAACGACACACAUGAGCAAAGAACAGCAGACUGUACACCUUAACAACGUCAGUCUCUCCAAGUAGUAUUGUCAUGUGAUCAAACAACCAAAACAGAAGUUCUACAUUUUCACUUGAAAUUGUUGUGUUGUAAACGGGGCCUCAGCUUCAGUCUUGGGAAGUUUUUCUGAAAUAAGAAGAAGCCUUUAGCUACAUCAAGGUGUUUGUGGAUCUUGGGCAUGUGUUUAAAUUCAACACAAUCAAGUCGUGUUGCUUAUGCUAAAAUUUGCAAAUGUAGUUUUUUGUUUUUUUGUUUUUUGUUUUUUUUUUAACCUCAACUGUCUAACAGUUUCUGUUAACUUUAGCUGAAUAUGUAAAGCUUUAGUAGUCAAUUUUGACCUUUUGGCUAAUGCUAAUAUUAGCUAUGCUAAAACCUAAAGUUUUACCAGUUAAGCUCAACUAGCAUGAAGCUUAAACUACCUAAAGCUGAAACAAAAGUAACCAUUUAUUUAUUGGCUAGAGGUAGUUUCAAGUUUUCAAGUUUGCAGUAUUUGUUUUGCUUUUAAUUACACGAUUAGCAUCAGAGCUUCUUUCACAAAACCAUCCCAGACUGCAGAAGCGAGGCUGGGAAACAGACGGCACGGCUAGCUUCCUCUGCUAGCUCAUGCUGCCUGCCACGGGAACGUCACGUCUUCAUCAGGGAGCGUCCGUCCAUCCGUCCGGACACCACAUGUAGCACAUCGUCGUCUUCUUCAGCUCCUCCUCAUCAAACUGAGACCACCGCGGCUACAACAGCACAACCUGCACAAUGACAAUCACACCGUAGCUUCUCGACCCCGUCCAGCAGCAGCUCUCAUGUGCGUUUGUUGGAAUUAGCUGGAAGUAGUUGUGUUUUAAAGACAAAAGACAGUCUUCCAUAUUGAUUUUUAUUUAUUUGUAAGUGUUGUUUUUUUUUAGAUGUUAUGAGUAAAACGUGUAACAGAGGGUCAUUUUAUUAGCAUGUGAGAGAUUUUUGCUCUGUAUCUCAGGUGUUGACUGCAUUUGCAGCUUUGAAAACUUCCAUGGAAUGAGUGAUUGCUUUUAUUUUCAUAUGAUCAAAUUAAGUUAUGUAAAAAAACAAAUGAAUAAAUAAAAAUCCGCUGUUAACUUUUAGCAUUUAGCAUUGCAAAAAGCAAAGAUUUAUUCUUUUUUUUCCACCUAUAAAGUGACACAGACAUUGUUUCUGGACAUUAUAUGUUCUUGUUCACGAAUUAGCUUGAAGCCUAAGGCUAGGUUCUUAUUCAGACAUUUAGUUAAAUCAUCUUCACAGGUUAGCAAAAAGUUAAAAACCCAUUUAAAAAAAAUGAAACUCAGUUUGAUGCAAAUGGUUUAUUAGCAUAAUUUAGCAUGUUUAGGAAAAUACCUUUAUCCAGCAGCAGUAUUGAUACCAGCAUCAAAACUGCUGCCUUGUAAGAUUUUCUAAACUCAAUACAUUCAUUUUUUAAUUUUGCUACUAUAAAUACAUUUAAACCAACAUCCACGGUCAUUAUCAUCACGUUAUUAAUAACUGAGACUGUUAGCACUGUGAUGCGAUCACAGGGUUUUCGGGUUAGAGUUCUACUUUAUCAGUUUAAAAAGA